AGCCCUUACAAACAAGUCUUGAGGGUACGUCUUUUUUUAAACAAAAAGCUGAGUCCGAAGCCCGUGUUUUCGAGUGUCAUCUCGUGCUAAAGUCGUUGCUCGCGUUUUGUGAUCAGCUGCUACAGUUUUGCCAAUGAGUGUACACGCCUGUUGACCGCCACUGCCCGAGGGGCGUUGCUAUAGGGUCUCAGGACAGAAACGAGGGAUGAGGGGGCGACUUCUUCUCUUCAUCGUGCAGCUGGCUGCAGCCCAGCAGGCGACGAGGGACGACAUAGACGCUGAUAGUGCCGCUAUCAACGCCCUGGCACCCUUGCACCACCAACACCACGAACACCACACACACAUCUCACGGCUCGACGUCAAAUGCGACAGCAAGGGAAUCUCCGUCGUGAUCGACUUCGACGGGCCGUUCAGCGGGACUGUCUACAGCAAGGGGCACUUCGAUAACCCGAAAUGCAGGUACGUGCAGCCUGGCGGCACGACAAGUUCGUACAACUUCGUGAUCCCGCUACAAGACUGCGGUACAACUCCGUCCGGUGGCUUCGGUCGCACGGUGGACAACAUCAUCGUCAUCCAGACUGAUGACACCGUCCAGGAAAUCUGGGAUACAGCAAGAAAGAUAUCAUGUGCGACCACAGACCGGAAGGAGAAAACUGUCAUCUUCCAGCCAUUUGUGGUGGACAUGCUGGAGGUGGUAACCGUGCCUGUGUCUACAGGCACGGUCGACUGCUGGAUGGACAUACAACGAGGAGAGUUUCCCAAUACAGCUCCAAUCAACGAGAUCAUCAAAAUAGGGGAGACCCUGACUGUCCUGGUGUACAUCAAAGACAAUGAGAACCAGUACGAUAUCCAGGUCAGGGAUUGCUGGGCGUAUGACGGAGAAAACUACGAGUCCCAGGACACACGCAAGCUACAGCUCACAGACAAUGAUGGAUGUCCCAAGAAACCGAAAUUAAUUGGAUACUGGAGAAGAACAUCUGAGACCGGGUUAACUGGAGCAAGUAUAAUUGCUUACAACAACAUCACUGCUUUCAAAUUCCCAGACAAGAUGCAAGUGUACCUUACAUGUAAUAUCGAGAUAUGCUAUGGUGAAUGUGAGGGGCGGUGCAAAGGCGAAAAGGAAACACCGAUGAAACUCAGCACAACUCAAUUUCCUACAACUCAAAGACCAGCUACAAAACCAAUUUGCUAUUCAGGAAGCGAAGACCCAAGAUGCAAACAAACUACACCAGUAUGCUACCCUGGAAGCCAAAAUCCAGAGUGCGAGCCACAGCCCACACAAAAACCAUGUUUUCCAGGAUCAACAGACACCAGGUGUAACCUGCCUACUACCAGAAAACCAAUUACUUAUUUGCCACCAGCAACAAGCCUAUCACCAAAACCAAAAGAUUGCUUCCCUGGAAGUGCGGAAGAAAGAUGUCAAGAAACAACACCUGGACCAACAACAAUUCCAGUUUGUUACCCAGGAUCUACAGAUCCCAGAUGUCCUAGACCGACCCCCCCACCAACCACAGAACCACCCAGAUGUUAUCCGGGAUCUUCAGAUCCGAGAUGUCCCAGACCGACACCCCCACCAACCACAGAACCAGCCAGAUGUUAUCCGGGAUCUACGGACCCUAGAUGUCCAAGACCAACGCCUCCGCCAACCACAGAACCACCUAGAUGUUAUCCUGGAUCUACAGAUCCCAGAUGUCCAAGACCCACACCCCCGCCAACCACAGAAGCUGCCAGAUGUUAUCCGGGAUCUACAGAUCCCAGAUGUCCUAGACCGACACCUCCAACAACUACUGAGCCACCGCGAUGUUAUCCGGGAUCUUCAGAUCCGAGAUGUCCCAGACCGACACCCCCACCAACCACAGAACCAGCCAGAUGUUAUCCGGGAUCUACGGACCCUAGAUGUCCAAGACCAACGCCUCCGCCAACCACAGAACCACCUAGAUGUUAUCCUGGAUCUACAGAUCCCAGAUGUCCAAGACCCACACCCCCGCCAACCACAGAAGCUGCCAGAUGUUAUCCGGGAUCUACAGAUCCCAGAUGUCCUAGACCGACACCUCCAACAACUACUGAGCCACCGCGAUGUUAUCCGGGAUCUUCAGAUCCGAGAUGUCCCAGACCGACACCCCCACCAACCACAGAACCAGCCAGAUGUUAUCCGGGAUCUACGGACCCUAGAUGUCCAAGACCAACGCCUCCGCCAACCACAGAACCACCUAGAUGUUAUCCUGGAUCUACAGAUCCCAGAUGUCCAAGACCCACACCCCCGCCAACCACAGAAGCUGCCAGAUGUUAUCCGGGAUCUACAGAUCCCAGAUGUCCUAGACCGACACCUCCAACAACUACUGAGCCACCGCGAUGUUAUCCGGGAUCUUCAGAUCCGAGAUGUCCCAGACCGACACCCCCACCAACCACAGAACCAGCCAGAUGUUAUCCGGGAUCUACGGACCCUAGAUGUCCAAGACCAACGCCUCCGCCAACCACAGAACCACCUAGAUGUUAUCCUGGAUCUACAGAUCCCAGAUGUCCAAGACCCACACCCCCGCCAACCACAGAAGCUGCCAGAUGUUAUCCGGGAUCUACAGAUCCCAGAUGUCCUAGACCGACACCUCCAACAACUACUGAGCCACCGCGAUGUUAUCCGGGAUCUUCAGAUCCGAGAUGUCCCAGACCGACACCCCCACCAACCACAGAACCAGCCAGAUGUUAUCCGGGAUCUACGGACCCUAGAUGUCCAAGACCAACGCCUCCGCCAACCACAGAACCACCUAGAUGUUAUCCUGGAUCUACAGAUCCCAGAUGUCCAAGACCCACACCCCCGCCAACCACAGAAGCUGCCAGAUGUUAUCCGGGAUCUACAGAUCCCAGAUGUCCUAGACCGACACCUCCAACAACUACUGAGCCACCGCGAUGUUAUCCGGGAUCUUCAGAUCCGAGAUGUCCCAGACCGACACCCCCACCAACCACAGAACCAGCCAGAUGUUAUCCGGGAUCUACGGACCCUAGAUGUCCAAGACCAACGCCUCCGCCAACCACAGAACCACCUAGAUGUUAUCCUGGAUCUACAGAUCCCAGAUGUCCAAGACCCACACCCCCGCCAACCACAGAAGCUGCCAGAUGUUAUCCGGGAUCUACAGAUCCCAGAUGUCCUAGACCGACACCUCCAACAACUACUGAGCCACCGCGAUGUUAUCCGGGAUCUUCAGAUCCGAGAUGUCCCAGACCGACACCCCCACCAACCACAGAACCAGCCAGAUGUUAUCCGGGAUCUACGGACCCUAGAUGUCCAAGACCAACGCCUCCGCCAACCACAGAACCACCUAGAUGUUAUCCUGGAUCUACAGAUCCCAGAUGUCCAAGACCCACACCCCCGCCAACCACAGAAGCUGCCAGAUGUUAUCCGGGAUCUACAGAUCCGAGAUGCCCACAAACUACGCCUAAACCUUCCACACCGCCACUGUGCUAUCCAGGUUCAACGGAUCCACGAUGUCCGAGACCACCGCCCACAAGUACAAGACCCCCUGCAACGUAUUUACCUCCCGCAACACAACCACCCAGAUGUUAUCCAGGAUCUACAGAUCCCAGAUGUCAUAGACCGACACCUUCAUCAACUACCGAGGCACCGCGAUGCUUUCCUGGUUCAAUAGAUCCAAGAUGUAAAUCUAUAACCACAUCAUCUCCUAUCUGUUACCCAGGUUCAACUGAUUCGAGAUGUCCGAAACCUAGUCCACCAACUACCUACACUCUACCACAUACGACACCACAUCCUCCAACAUGUGAAUGUCUAACCAAACCCCCAAAAUGUUUUCCUGGUAGCCAAGAUCCCAGAUGUCCUCAAACAACAACUCCCAAGAUUCUAACACCUCCAAUCUGCUACCCUGGUUCUACAGAUCCUAGAUGCAAACCAUCAUGUUUCCCUGGAUCUACUGAUCCUCAGUGUCCACAAGAACCUCCUCUCCCUGGAUGUUAUCCAGGUUCACCAGACCCAAGAUGUGGAAGUCCAUCGAAACAACCACCAACAUAUUUACCUCCACAAACACCAAAAUCACAGUGUUAUCCUGGUUCUAAGGACCCAGAAUGUCAACCAGAUGUUCCACCUCAAUAUCAAUGUUAUCCAGGAUCUCCUAACCCUCAGUGCAAUGAGAUUGUUACAACUCUGACACCAACUACACUGAAACUCCCAGGCUGCUACCCUGGAUCAUCUGACAAGAACUGUACUAGUGAAGGAUCAGCUUAUUAUGAGACUGAAUUAAAACCACCAAAGUGUUUCCCUGGAUCUAACGAUCCAAAGUGCAAACAGGCUGAACCACCUAUUCAACAAAUACCAACAGAUGGUAGUGCAAUAUUCCCAGUACCCAUUCAGCCAUUAACAUCUGCUCCCAUCAGGCCAUCUCAACGUGAAGAUGGGGAUUUCCACGGGAAAGAUCAAGAUCCACGUUAUCACGCAUUUCAUUCAUGGUUAUACGAACCAAGGAAACCCUCAAACAGACGCCACUUUGGUAAACGGGAUACCACACAAAAUAACAUACGACUUGCAGGUGAUAUUAAUGAGCACAAGAGGAUAGAAAAGCGCGAAGUUCAGGAGAAACAAAUAGUGUCUAUAACUUUGGGUGUGCGCGGACUGAUGGUCGGAUCUGACGCAGAUUUUCAAUCACACGGACUGACAAAGAGAGAGAUUGGUGCGUCAACCAAGAUGAAGCCUCAAGCUACGACCAAACUGAAAUCCAAUGAAUUUCCUUCUUCUUUUUUACAAUCCUUAACAAUUCUAAGUGCAAUCAUAGGUUCAGCCAUCGUCAUGCUACUCAUAACCUCUGCAGUGUACUUCCUUGCUCAAAGACAUGACAGAAGAACGCAGGUGAUUUCUGUUACCCCGCAACUGUUAAAUAAAUGACAAGAAAAAUUCCAAAGUGGAAUAAGUGAAAAAUGUAGGGAUCUUCUUUGUUAGUAUGUCCCAACAAAAUUCAUUCAGACAAACAACACAAAUAAAAGUCUCUUUAUGUAAUACAAACUAAAACCGAACAUCACACAUUUCGUUAACAAAAAACUGCAUGAUGGAACGCACCAAAUAAAGAUGUACUGUCCGUCACAUAAUAAAAUUAACACGGGACUCACGCACGUCUCUGAAGACAAACUUUCCAGUAACGUAUAGAAGCUAUCAUUAUAAACCAGCGUAAUUAUUACAAGCCAUAAAUCAAUGUGGAGUGGUCUUUGAUGUGGAAUCUACGAGGAACAGUUUUCAAUUCAGAACAUUCAGAUUUCCUAAAACUAUUUAAUAAAAUCUUCUUCAAGAUACAGACAUACAACAAAGCAAUGCAAGGGAUGGCCAUCUUGUGGGUUACUGUGCUGCAUAAUCUGGUAGAAUUUUUCCAUUGCUACAGAGGUGUUUACUGCCUCCAUCAUCAGGGCCAUUUAAAAUGUAAACUUCUACCAAUCUACACAGUCUAUAAACCCAAAAGGCAGCCAUCUUCAUGAGCAGCUGAAAUUUCACCUACCACUUCAAAUGUGAGUCCUGGAUUUCACCAGCAAAGACCAUUUUGGGGAACAGGAAGACGAGAAGUGAGUCGUGAAAGCAUGUAACUUCUGUGUGUGUGGGGUACAGAAACUAUAUAAAUGCCAGAACCUUACCAAAGCUUGGUGCAUGGUCCACACAUCUGCGAGUGGAAGGGUACUACAAGUAAUGAGACAGGCGUGGCGGCUAUAAGAUCCCAUAUGAUACGUCUCAUGGGCAUAGAACUGGAUCCUAAAAAAGAAAUGCUGAUUUACAAACACAGAACCUCAUUUGUAGGAAUUAAGGAAAAAUCAUCAUUACUAUAAAUGAAAAUCGUAAAUAAAUUGUUUAAAUGCCGGGGUUUGACGCUGCGGUCUCAUGCCAUGAAUUUAAAUUAAAAUACUGCAAAGAAAAAACUGUUCAGCAAAGGUCAGUGAAGAAUAAAGAAUUAAUUUGACUUUGCUAAAAUCAUCAUCAACUGUAAAAAUCUUAUCAGAUUCACUACAUUACUUAAUACUUGUUAUAAAAAUGUGAUUCUCUGUGUAGAGAUAAAAAACCAUAACCUUCCAAAUCCCUUCGGCUAAUAAAAUCAUAAUCUUUAUAAAAAAUUUACAAAAAUAUUAAGUGAGGUUAUUGUUUGUUGGCUGGAUUCUAAUCACAAUCGGGAAACAUAAAAACUGAUAAAAUAUUUAAUUUAAGAACUGCUUUUGUAAAUUACAAGACAAAACUACAAACUGGUAUGAUCCAAAAUUCCAUGCCCAUGAAGUACGGUCCCCCUCGACUGAAAUGAUGGUUACUGACAAUAACUGAAUAUUAUGUAUUUUUUAAAACAUGUACACAUUAUGGAACAUUCAAAUGUUUAUGUACAUUAUUAUACCUGUUAUGUACUGUUCUGAACAAAUGUGCUGCAUGUUACUGGCACAAAACAAACCUAACCUAACAAGGAUGAUUUAACAUGCAGCUACAAGAGUGACAAGAAUUUUUAAAUAAAAUUAAAUAUAGUAUCAUA